CCAACGACUACGUGUGCGCUACCAAUCUCAAAUAGCGAAGUAAAGUCAUUAAAUUUGAUUCUUUAUCUCUACUGUUUGCCAAUAACUAAAAAGAGAACACUGCGACUUCACUAGUCUCAAUAUUGGAGAGCAAGGUCAUUUUAAGGUCGAGCAUACUACAUUGAUACGACCACACAGCUACCAAAGGCACAUAAUGUCUUCCACAAACUCUCGAUCCCAGCCCAAACUUCUUGUUAAUUUGCCAUGCAAAGAAUGUCGCAGGGCGAAACAAAAAUGCGAUAGAGUUUCCCCAGCGUGCAAUCGUUGCGUAAAACGUGGUAGCAACUGCGUCUUCCCUCAGUCGAGGGGGGUGCGUGACAGUCCGGCCGCCUCGCAGCAGCGCGAACUCUCGCCGAGCGUCGAAUUGCAAGUCAUUAAAGAGGAACGUCAGUUUCUGUCUGUUAGCAACGCUACCUCUACAAUGAAUUCCACGACUUUCUCGCCAUUAUCGAAUCCGCUACGAGAUCUUCAGGGGCGCGUCGCCUCGCUGUUCGGCUCGGUACCAGCAAGCUGGGGAUCCAAACUUGGAACAGCACAGCCAGAGCUUACAAAACCGCGUGCGCUACGUUCCAACAAUGCAAACCCAGUUGACCUAAGCCUUUCAAAGAGUCAAAAGAGCAAUAAUGUGCUUAUCCCCGCAGUUCAAGCUUACAAUGUUGAGAGAUCCCAAACACCGCCAAGGAAGCGUCAGAGUGAUGCACAACAAUUCCCCGCCAGCCCAGCGACCCCACGACUGGGUAAACCAAAACAUCCAUUAUACAAAAGGCUUAGAGCAAGCACGCGUGUUCGUCGCAAAAGUCGCAAGCUUGCCGAUGCCGAGGUAGAAAGAAUCGACUGUGAAUGCGGCGCUACCGAAGAAGGACUACAGCCUGAACACUGGAUUUCUUGCGAAAAAUGUAAAGUCUGGCAGCACAGUGCCUGCGUGAAGUUCUCAUGCACGCGAUGUACGCAUAUGGUGGCACAAGAUCAAGAACAAAGUGCUUCAACACAGACAGAUGCCUCUGUUGAUAAGUCAAUGGUACAGCUUCAGACACAGCUAGAUGGGGCAAACCAUGAAAUCUACUCCCUUCGAAGUCAGCUCGCUGAGCACAGAGUCAACGAGCACGAACAAACAGAAACAAUCGCAAGUCUCAAAACCGACAAUGACCUUCUAUUAGAUGUACAACGAGAACUGACCAAACACCACGAUUGGUCCUCCGACGACCUAUCAACCCAUCACCAUCAAGUUCGUAAAGCAUUACACAGGCAGAUUCGGUCUCAGAACUUUCUUGGGACAUUCACCCAGCUAUCGUCAACAUCUAGCCGCAGGUCCACGACAGAGCAACUCGAAACCGGCAUCAGGAAAGUUUUCUGGUUGACACAGCAAACCUUUUGUCCUUACGGAAAUAUCAAAACCCCUUUCAUACAAUCACUAGGUCAACAUGAGACACUCCGCGUACUUGUUUGCAAGGUCUUGGGACUCCAUGACUCUGGGACUUAUUUGCUGGAUAAAGCCAGGCGCCUACUGUCUAAACUGAGUAUUCAGCCAGCCAUGCGAGCUUUGACGGGUGCAGCCGUGCGCGAGUGGGUUUUUGAGUCUGACAUCCCAAUAUUUGAAGCUGGAAGAGGUUUACAAUAUUAUCGCGAAUGUCUCAGGGGGAAUCGUGAUGGGGCAGUAACCUUGCGAAACUGGGAUCUUGCUGCUCUGAGCAAAUGCGUCAAAUCGAAAGAGUUUCUCGAAGAGUUUAUUCCACAACAAGCUGAAACCUUGGCCAUUCAACUUUCCAACGCCCUUGCACCCUUCUUCUCAGAUACGGAAGACGAUUCACCGCUACUGGAUUGGGACGGAUUCUCCACAUGGGGCGAAGGGCUUGAACAAUGGAAAGAGAGACGACGUAGCUUCGUCGCUAUAUUUACUGCUGCCCUGACAACCAAGGUGGAGUUGUGCCUUAACAUUGAGAACUACGAAUUGCUCACAUACGUUCCUGGUACCAAGUUUGACGAAACUACUAUGAAAGUCGAAGCUAUGGAUGGCUCGAUGGAUAUUACUCAAAGCCAUCAAGGACGUGCAAUACAGCUUUGCGUCGAAGCUGCAUUUUUUAUACAUCCACGAGGAGAGCUGCCCAUGGGUGCUACUAUAGAAGAAGCUAUAGUUCCAAUGGUGAACUUCAUAUCCAGGGAUCAAAAUGAUAAGCGGGUAUUCAAGCCACUUCUCAAGGCAGUGGUUAUUUUGUUUGAGGAUGACUGA